CUGAUCCAGUCGCCUACUGCGAUGAUCCAAUAGCAUGUCGCUGGAGAGAGCUCGCCUUUGCUGGCUGGCGGCAUGGGCACCUUGCGCUUGCUCAAGCAUGCAUGAAAGGAAAACGGCCUGCAUGAUACAUACAUGCCUGAGACAAACGUAUCGGUGUGCAACGACAUACAUGAUGGAUACCAUUCCAGGCUUGGCAUUUUAGCCUCUCCCAGCACAGGUGGCAGACCCAAUAAGAGAGCGAAUCCCAGGAGGAACAGCAGAAAGCUGCACACACGCAUCUCCAUCUGUGACCAUGCAGAGUAUCUUAUCUAUUAUGGUAACCACAUAAUCCCGACAGAGGAGAGGAUCACCACACUGCUUAGCGUCAGCCUCUCCGCGCUGGCUGCUGUCGAAGGAACGUCUUGGCGCAGCAUCGUGGAAUUGGUCAGCAGCUGGCUCCCCUCUUCUGCUUCCUUCGUGGAAUUGAGGAGCACGUUUCUGUGCGACGACUUCUGACAAAACACAUUUUACGAUAUGGACAGUAUAACGUGUGCGUGCAGUCGUACAUACACAAUGCAUUGAUGAGGAACACUUCCUGAGCGAGUUUACAAAUCUCCGUACCUGCUGCUGCGCCAUUGCUUCGGUACCAGUACUGUUGCCUUCCACGUGCCAGGCGGGGGGCAGCUUGCCCUGCAGCAGAUCCAUCACCUGAAUGUCGGGACGCAUGCACGGAUGAAUUUACACACCGCACACAUGGUCUUACAUCCCGCGUGUGGCUCUGGCCAGGGGGGACCACUGGCAUCGGAGCCUCAGGAGACGCAGAGGGGAGCCCUGUACAGGCCACAAGUACAUGUAUAUGUUCUGUUGCAGCCGCUGUUCCCUUUACCCCCCGUUCCGGUGAUAGCGGUGAAAAUGAUUAGGUCAAGUAGGGCAUAGGAUAUCAGGUGCUUCAAAGAUUCACCCACGGCUGCACGACGUGCAGACGACGGGAGGGACCCUGGAAAGUCAGUGCACACAUAUGCAUAUAGGUACAUACACGAAUCUUUGCAUCUACGCCUACCCUCAGGCAUGUCAAUGAAGUUAAAUCCGACGAAUAUCGGGAAGCCGCUGGCCGCGAAAAAUGAGUGCACCGUGGACAGCAAGAUUAAGCACAUCAAAAGCAAAUACGCCGGAAGAGAGGAGCUGGCUGUGGUGCUGCUGCCAUAGAGGAAGUGCAAGCCCACGGCCGCGCUCGCCAUCAUUAAGAGGGAUAGCGCCUGAGUAGCACACAUAAAAGCAUCCAGACAUUUACUUGCGUCGAUGUUACCUGCCCCACAAGCCCAGCGCAGAAUAGCUUUUUGACUUGGACUCGCCUACUGGCAACGGCCCAACCGAGAGCAGACACACCUGACGUACGCAACACACUCGUAUGAGCUCCUACUCCUUCUCUCCUGCAAACUCACCGUAGCAGAGUGCCCAGACAGAGAAAAGCACGGAGGGCAGCCAGCCAUUGUGGAGAAAAGCAUAUGACUGAGGGGUGGACGAUGUGAGUGCUGCAGGAAAGGUGUAUGGAGAGAGGGACAAGGCCAAUGCAAAUAUGAUGUGGCCAGAGGCAGGCGCCAAACAGUAGCCCACAAGUAUCAACCAAUUCCUGUACCAACAUGGAUAAAAAAGAGUGUAUCACGCGUGUGUGCAUGUGUAUGGAUGCAGCGAGCCUACCGUACAGCCACCUCUCCUCCGAAUGCCUGCCAUGCCAUCAGCUGCACCAGUGACUGACGUAUGCUAUGAGGGAAGGAACGGUCGAUACUUGAGUGGUGCAUGUCCUCUUCUCGGUGCUUGUUGUCUGCACACAUUCAAUUGUGCAUUGUGCACGCACCGGGGAUACAGGAUGCGAUGUAGAUCCGCCCAUUGUAUGCUCUCACCUCCCUCCGGGAUGUCUCCCUGCGAGCCACAAUGCGGAGUACCGAAGCCGAAUUGGUACAAUGCAUGUGCCUGCUUGACUACAGACGCCAUGGUGACCUGCUUGUGCUUGUGGUGGCUGGGGCCGGGGGUGUUCUCCACAGACGUACCGUCAUCUGACACGUUAUCAAAGGGAAGGCACUUAACCUCUGACAACCUCACCGGGCCUUAACCUCACCUUGCCUUUUCUUCUGCCCCAGCAUGGCGACCAGCCACGAAACGCUGCCCCUAUCCCUCGUCUGCACUGGCGUAUCAGGAGGCCCAGGCGCAGGGGAUGCGACACCGCUAUCGGGGGGGUCGGGGCCUUCUACCUCGGCCUCAGUGGCGGACGUGCUCUGCCUGCUCUUGGAUGGCUGCAUCUGCUCCAAGUGCUGAACCAACAGGUCAUCUGUGACCCCCUCAGCGAAUAUCAUCUCUUCCAGGUCCAGAUCCGAUUUGAUGUCGUCAAGCUCACAGGGAAUAGGGCACGAGCUAGGUCGGCAUGUGUCGGCGGCUUCUUCAAACAUCGGGUUUGCGAUCGCCUGAGACACAGUAUACAUGCAAUGUUCGUAACUGUGCCGCCUGCAUUCUCACAGUUACAGGUGCGUCGUCCGCUGGAAAAGGAGUAUUGACGACUGAAUUGUCUCGAUGAGCACAAAUUGCAGACCUGACACACCAUACGAAGGCGUGGUGCUACGUACAAAGGGAUUAAACAUACGCUCACUUGUACAGUCCGGCAAGCUGGUGCUGCCAGGGGCAUAAAGGGAAUGACGUGCUCACCGCCUCCUCAGCCAUCUUCGAUAGCUCGCUGUCAGACGCCGACAUGGCUCGACGAAUCGACGCUAACACACAAAAUGAAGUGAUGUACACCUACACCUUUACGUGAUGUGCACAUACGCACCCUGAAGGCCCGCUCUCAUGUCUGUAUCGUCGACCACAUCGCCCGUCUGGUCGCGAGCGGGAAAGUAGAAACCGGGUACCUUACCUGUCACGACAUACAUUCAAAACAGCGCACACGCGCUUCCAUCCGGCAACAUGCAGACUACCGAGUCCUCCGACGAGCGAGGCGACCGCUACGCUGCCAUGCCAUGCGAACUCGACAUCGACGUAGCUACAAAGACAGACGAGCUCACGCACACAUUUACAUCUGUGUGUUGCGUACCCGAAAGGCUCGCUCCGUGACGGCAUGAUACAAAAGUCAGUGGCCCACUGCAGUGAUGGAGGAGGCCGGAGAAAGUGAGCAGCCACAUACAGACGACCUUCGAACGCACCGGAUGACUGCGGAAACGCACCAUUGUGCACAGAUACAUCCUCAUACACCCGCUCUCACCUUCAGUCUUUCCAGCUUCCUGCGGGCGUAUUCCCCGUAUGCGUCGCCCACCGGCCCGAUGCACACCAGCUGGGACAAGGGAAAUGUAUGCAGCAUCCACCGAGCUACAUCAGCUAUUAGAUCGAUGCCCUUCUGGUGCACCCAGCGACCCACAAACACCCAGACUUUUGCUCGAGGAUUCACUACAAGGCCUACAUUAAAGAUACCCAAGAGCGUGGUGUGUGUGUUUAGUGUAGGCUGGACACACAUGAUCGAUCGGUUACUAGAUACCUAGUUCUCUCUGCGCCAGCUCUUUGUUCUCGGCCUUCAGGACCAUCAAGCGUACGCGUGAGGAGCGGCGGUCGUCAGUAGUCCAUACGGGCCGCUCCUGAGACAAGGCUCACUCGCGAAUGGAUGCGUGUGCAGUGUACUUGCAUCUGUACCGAUUCUGGAACAGGGUUCGGAAUAGCAUCCACUCUUGCGAGCUGCUUUCGGAAAAGCGACAUCGUUGCCCAGCUACGUACACACAAACGUACGCGAAGGUAGGUACAUUCAAACGCAUAUGUACGUGGGUGUUGCUGUGUGCAGACGUACAGCUCAUGUGCGUAAGGUGCCGAUACGGCCGACACGCCAACCCCCCCUUGGUAGCGGCAGCAGUAACGAACGAGAGCGGACAGCAUAUUGAAAUGACCUGUCCAUAGAGAUCCGUAGAUACGCAUAUGCAUGUAUCAUGAGGUGUGUCUGUACCAUCGUGUACAGCGUAUGUUUGUAUGAUCUUCUUUGGGAGCGCGAACAUUGACGCCAAGCGAUCUAACGCCUUGCUAUUGGCCUGCUGAAAGAUCUGUGCACACGUUGAAGCAGAGUGUUUACACAUGAGUGCCUGCGUUCGUACGUGUAUACCUCUCCCUGGUACUCGGCGUUAUGUAGCACGACCAUACAGGGCACUCUGCCGAUGGGACGGCAGUAGAGAGGGGCUAAACCUGGACAGAAGCAUUGAUGUGUGGCGAAAUAGACCUGUGCGAUAGGCAUGUGCGUGUGCAUACGUGUGUACCGCUGUGAUAGUCUGGGCAAUGAAAGAUGUCACAGAGUUCGCUCUCAGGAGGCAGAGGGAUCACAUUGUCUUGAUGUAGCUGUUGAGAAGGCAAAUGUGAAUGUGAAACAAGUAAACGUACACAACAUACGACGAUGUUAAGAGCAACUGACCUCCCUGUCUUUGUCCUUCCCGUCGCCUUUCACGUAGACCUGAGCACGUUCACACAGUACUGGUCCCACACGUUCACACAGGAUGGGUUGCGGCCACCUGCAUGAUUGCGCCCACACAUUGGUUCCACAUGGAGAAGAACGUCAGAGCCCCGCGGGAUGACAGACCAUUAGGGUACACUGCACCCUUCCUGCAUACAUGCUAUGUGCAGACCCUCACAUGCGCAUGACGCUGCGGGCCAAUACGCACUUGCACAUGGCCGAGAAGAUGGGGUGCUCGCAUCGUAGAUAAAUAACGUGUGUGCCUGUGGGCACACAUAGAUCGCCCAGGCACAGCAGGCAUCACGCUACUUGUGCAAAUACCGGGUGUACUGUGACUCUCGGCGAGGCUCUCUCUGCGACAAGACCGUAUACAUAGACACUCAGUGCGUACACACUCAUGUACCUAUCUGUCGCGGGGUCGCUGCUGUUUGAGCUACCACGAUGAGCAUCCAGGUCCAGACCUGCAUCAGACCAAUACACGUGCAAACAAGCACCCUCCUCGUAUGAUGUAUAGAGAUGUACCAGGUCGCACGCUGGCAUCGCCAGUUGUGCACGUGUUUUCGUAGCGCCAUAUCUUUAUCAU